AUGAAACGGAAUUCGUUGUGUCUGUUUGUUUGUAUUAUCCAUGUAUGCAUUGCAUUUGGUUUAAUAAGUAAUUAUCAAAAAGAUAUUGAUAAAUUGAAAGAAACUUUAAAAGGUUUUCGAGCAAACGGUAAAGAAAUAGAAAAAGAUACAAUACAAUAUUUUGACAAGCUUGUCAACAAACUUCAAAAAGCCGUUGGUGAUGUGGUAGCUGGAGAGCAUGAAAUUGAACAAGAGGCUAUGGCACAAUUAGGAAAUUUUGUUGAAAAACUGAAACAACAAGUAGCAAGUGUAAUUAACGGAAUAAUACAAAUGGAACAAGAUGCAAUGGAAAACAUGGAUGAAGAUGUUGGUCGAGUGAUAAAAGUUUUGAACAAUGUUGUCGAUACCGUUAAGAAAAUGGAAAGAGACACAGCGAAACAUCUAGUCAAGAAUACUGCCGAAGUUAUCAAAGUCUUGAAAGAGUUUAUCAAAUCACUAAAAGAACCCCAACAAAAGAGGUCAAAACAAAGAAAGAACAGAAGGAUAAUUUGGUCCUAUAUAAGCGGCUUAUUUUGUGUUCUUCUUUUUAUGAUACAUCUUUUACAAGAAAGAAGGAAAAUAAUUAACAAAUGCUACUGACAAUAUAUUAAGAUAGAAAGCAGUGUAAAAGAUAAAAGAGAACAGAGAGUGAAUCAGUGCUGUAAACAGUUCCGAAUUAUAGAAUAAUAAAUCUGUGGAGUAAAAUUUUCUUGUCUGAAUAAGACGUCUCACAACUCUAUACGACCUUGCGUUCAAAGUUAUAACCAUUCGAAAAUGAACCAAGAAAUACAGUGUUUUGUCUCUAAAAUUGUUUUUUUUCACUCACAACUGUUUGUAUUUUCUAAAAGUAUCUGUCCCGACAUGCGAUUGGUUUUAAAAUGGAGCUAACGCACCUGAGCAGAAGGUGAUAAUCUUCGCAUUAGCAAUCAUCGCACGGCUAUUUGAAGUUUGUUGACAAGCUUGUCAAAAUAUUGUAUUGUAUCUUUUUCUAUUUCUUUACCGUUUGCUCGAAAACCUUUUAAAGUUUCUUUCAA